UUUGAUAACAUUUAUGUGAACGCUAUAAUUACACAUACACUAUCCUGUAUAUGAUAUGAGGGGCGGGACUUCAGGAAGGGGCGUGUCUCUACUUCUGUUCCGCAGAGCUCCAUCGCAGUGACCGCAGGAUGGAGCAGAUCGUGGGCCGCAGCGCUCCGCCAGGCCCGGUGCUGCAGGUGUGUUUCCCCAGCGCGCGCGCGUCGGUCCUGGAGAAUCUGAACCGGCAGCGCGAGGAGGGUCAGCUGUGUGACCUGUCCAUCCAGGUGCAGGGUCAGGUGUUCCGCGCGCACCGGUGCGUGCUGGCAGCCUCAUCUCCGUAUUUCCACGACCAGGUUCUGCUGAAGAACGUCACCACGGUGUCUCUUCCCUCCGUCAUGGACCCUCUGGCCUUUGAAAACGUGUUAAACUCGGCCUACACGGGUCAGCUCAGCAUCGUGCGCGACGACAUCAUCAACUACGUCACGGUGGCCAGCUUCCUGCAGAUGUGGCACAUCGUGGACAAGUGCACGGACAUCCUGAAGAGGUCACGACCUUUGGUUCAGGUCAGCCCCGGCGGGGCGACGUCCUCCAGUCACCAGUCGCCCAGCAGCUCCGACUGCUGCUUCGCUGAUCCGGAAGAUGGGGAGCGAGCGGCGGGCGAACAAACUCUGGAAAAACGACCGCAAAGCGCACUUCCGCCUCUGGCCACAUGGAGGCGUCCGACUCAGAGCCGGUGGAGCAGAAGCAGCCUGACGUUCCCCGUCCGAACCGAGCCCGAAUGCAACCCGAAUACGGUAGACGAAGGUUUCCACACAUUCCCCGUCGCACCUUUGCCGUCCAUCGAAACUUCAGACUUCGCGAGGCACCGAAUCCGCGCUCGCCUCCGAGGAGCGAAGGAAGACGAGGAGCAGCGGAGGAUGGAAGCAGACGAAGGAGUCGGAGAGCCGCUGGAUGAGGACAAAGUGAGGGUGAAGUGUGAGGAACACCAGGCCGGAGCCGUCGAGUCGGACGGACGUCUCAGAGAGAGCGAGAGCGGCGAGACGGACGGACUGUGGAACCAGUGGACUUUGUCAGACGCCAGGCUGCUGGACGAAGACGAGGAGGACGAAACGGACGCCGCGUUCGAAACCUACGACGAGAUUGAGAAAGCCACCGGGCAGAUUUCCCAGCGUCCUUUGCCACCGCCGACGUCCGACCAGUUGGCUCCGGGACCGUCCGAGCUCUCCUGGGUCUCGCAGUCGUCCUCGUCCUCCCCGUGCUCUCCUCUCUCUGCGGCGCCCAAAGUCCACUUCUGUCACUGCGGCAAAGCGUACACGCUGAAGAGCAUGCGCGACCGCCACGUGAAGAUGCAGCACCUGAACCUGCGUCCGUUCGCCUGCCCCGUCUGCUCCAAGAGCUUCAAGAUGAAGCACCACCUGACCAAACACGUCAAGACACACGGAGGCCUGCGUCCCUACGAGUGCGCGCUCUGCGGCAAGAAGAUCGUCUGGAGAGACAGUUUCCUCAAGCAUCAGGCUCGCUGCCAGGGAACAACGACGACGACGUCUGGCUGUCAGAAUGAGGACGCAGAUGCACCUGGACAAGUGAAGGUGGAACAGGAUGAUUAUUCAGUACAGGACGAGGAAAUACACUCUUAAACUUGAAUGCCAAAGGAAUGAUAUUCCUUUCAGUCAACAGUUCUUUUUUUCUUAGUGCGAAGAACCACUUGUGCAUUUGGAAGGUUCCAUGGAUGUUUAAGGUUCUUUACAGAACCAUCAAUGCCAGUAAAGAACCUUUAUUUUCAAGAGAUCUCACACUCAUAAAAGUAAAGGUUUCUGACAGAACCUGUCAGUGAUCAUUUCUUAAAAUAACCGUUUUGUUUUAGUGUGAAGAACAUCUGAAUAAUCUAAAGAACUGUCUCCACUAUAUGGUUUAGUGGUUCUAUGGAUGUUGAAGGUUCUUAAUGGAACCAUUGGCGCCAGUAGGACAGACAGAUAUUUGCUGCGAUCAAAGGAAUCAUUGGAGAUCAGUGUUCGUUUAUCUACUUAUUUAAAUACAGGACAAGGAAAUACACUCUUUAAAAGCAAAAGUUCCACUGAAUUCCAUUGAAGAACCAUUUUUGGUUUCCCAAAGAAUGUUUCAGUUCCUUUGUGUGAACAACAUUUUAAUAAUCUAGGUACCUCUUGUCUAAUGGAAAGGUUUCAUGGAUGUUCUUCUUGGGACCAUCGACGCCAGUAAAAACCAUGGAACCUUUGGGGCCAAUAAAACACCUUUAUUUUUAAGAGUGUAGAGAGACAUUUGUUGAGAACAGAGAGGACAUUAUUGGAGUUCACGCUCUACUAAUUGACUACAGGAUGAGCAAAUACACGGUUUAAAAAUAAAGGUUCCCAAAGAAGGUUCUUGCAUUGAAUUCCAUCAAAGAACCAGUUUUGGUUCCCCAAAGAACCUUUCAGUGAAGUGUUUCUUCUUAGUGUGAAGAACCUUUGAAUCAUCUAAAUACACUUUUUUCACUAUUAAAACCUUUAAAACGUAAAAAUAAAGGUUUCAAAAUGGUAUUACCAUUGAAGAACCAUUGUCCCAAAGAACCUUCCAGUGCUCAGUUCUUCUAAGAAUCAUGUAUUUGAAGAUUUCUCCACUAUAAAGAACCGUUAGUGUUUCCGUGGAUGCUGAAGGUUCUUCAUGGAACGUUUGGAGCAAACAAAGAAGCUUUAUUUUUAAGAGUCUAGGCGGAGAGAUCAGUGUUCGUUUAUCUACUAAACUUCCACAUAUGUAGCAGAUCUGAAUAUAUUCUAGAAGCACUGUU